AUGGCAGAUGCACUCGAGGAAGGUGGAAUGCUAAAGGCUGUUGUUGUACUCAGAUGUGUCGAUCCCCGAGGCACCACUGUGCUGGCCACGGACGGUGGGCGCGCCGUGAUACCGUGCCUAGCGAAGCUCCGUGUCGAGAGCCGCAACGAUUCGGCGGUUCUUGUACGCUGGUUCCGUGGCGGAGACAACAGCACCGAGCCUUUCUACAGCCUCGAUGCACGCUCGCGCAGGGGUGGCCUCUCCAAGGGGCACCACACCAGGGGCGAGGCAUGGAAAGGCCGUUCUUUCUUCUCGGUACUUCAGGAGCCUCCUAGUCUGAAGGUAAACCGAGUGGACUACGCUGAUCGCGGCACGUACGUCUGUGACCUGCUCUACGCCAGCGGCAGGAGAUACAGCGCGACCGUCGCUCUUGCCGUGUUCGUGCCACCAACGGAAUUUGUAAUCAAGGAUGCUAACGGCAAUAUUGUACGAGAUUUGGUGGGGCCAUACACCGAGAGUGAAAACCUUUUCCUGGUGUGUGAAAUAAUUGGAGUGCCGCCUGCGAGCACCGUGAUAACGGCAAGCCACACGGAACUCUACUUCGAAGAGCCGGCCGAAUUUGUGUGCACUAGUAGGGGAUCACGUCCCGCGGCAGAAAUACGGUGGUUCUUGGGCUCGAGUCCUGUCGAACCGCUCCUGUACCGCACCACGACGGACGGCAAUGUCACCACGAGCUUCGUGCUAGUCACACCGACGAAGGAACGCAACGGAGAGCGGCUCAAGUGCGUCGCCUUCAACAAGAGUCUACGGGGCUCAGAGCUGUCGUCUGAGACGCUGCUAGAGAUAAAAUACAAACCUCAGGUUACUCUCGAGUUUGGAGCGGGCCUCAAGGAGUCAAUGAUCUACGAAGGCCACGACAUAUUCUUUGUGUGCAAUGCGUCCGCCUAUCCCAGCAUCACGGACGUCGUGUGGAAGCUUAACGGCGUCCCUCUGGAACAGCGGCACGAGCAGCACAGGUUUCUGCCGCAGCAGUCGGCCAACACUUCCAGCUCAGCCUCGACGGCUCGGGGACCGCUCAUCGUCAACCAGCGCUACCUGGUGUUGCGCAACGUGCAAUCUCCCGACUCGGGAAACUACUCGUGCACAGUGACGAACCCCGAGGGAGUGACCACGUCCAAGACCCUUCAGAUACGCAUACAACAUUCUCCUCGGUGUCAGAACCCACAGCAGCAACACCAUGCCAAGGUGGUCUACACGGCUCCGUUCGAGGAAGUGACUCUGUCAUGCGAUGUGGAGGCUGACCCCAGCACCAACCUGACGUUCCGCUGGUCCAUGAAGGAGAGCCACAGAGCUUCCAUCGCCACGGCGUCUUUGUCUCCUGGAGACGCAGUGCUACGAGAGGCGGCGUUCGCGCGCGACUUCGACGGCAUGGCUAGAGCGUUCGCGUCACGCAGCGUGCUCACUUUCGUUCCUCUGCCCGAAGAGCUUCACUCGACCUUCCAGUGCUGGGCAAAGAACCCCGUUGGCAUCCAGAAAAAGCCUUGCCUGUUUCGUCUACUUCCGAAAGGUUAG